CAAGGGGACAUAACCGCUAAUGGCGACACGCCGAACGGCAGCUGAUGGCCGCAACGUUAAUUGCUGAAACAAACUCGAUUCUUUACGGCUUUUACCUUCCACAGAACUUCCCACCACACAUAUUACAUUUAAUUUUGCAUUAGUUUUCGCUCUGAAAUCUCAUUUGUCUUUCCAUGAUGCAUCUGUCUAUCCCUGAUACGAAAGAAUUCCAGGACAAAGACGGAGCAGGGACCUACACGGCCUUCAACAUCCACAUUAAUGGUGCUUUCCACUGCACAGUACGGUACCGGCAAUUACACCAUUUGCAUGAACAGUUAAAAAAACAGUUUGGAGCGAGUACCUUACCUCCAUUCCCACCGAAACGACUACUGUCUCUGUCUCAAGCACAAUUGGAUGAGCGGCGAAUCAGCCUGGAGCGUUACAUUCAGACGGUGAGCCAAGUCCCUGACAUAGCCUCAUGCAGUAUAUUCAACAGCUUCUUGUUAAAUGCUCAACAGGAAAGUAUGCAGCAAAUAGAAGAAUCCGUGAAUUUAGAAGUAUACCUGAUGAACGACCACAAAUUAACUGUAAAUAUUACAUCAACAGACCAAACAGAAGACGUGUUAGAGGCUGUUGCAGCUCAGAUUGAAAUUCCUGAAGAACACACUUACUAUUUUGCCCUUUAUCUCGUCAAGAGGGAAGAUGAUCACUGCUGUAUAAUUCGUAAACUUCAAGAUUUCGAAUCCCCCUACAUCUCUUUAAAAUCAUUAAACAAAGAUGGACCUCAUUGUAUUGUGCUCCGGAAAAGCUACUGGGACAUGCAGUAUGAUAACGACCUCCUCAAUAACCGAGUGACCCUGUCUUUGCUCUACACACAGGCAGUAAACGAUAUUGAACAGCAAUGGAUUAUAGCCACAAAAGACCAAUUUUUACAACUAUCAGCAUUACAGCAAAAAGGAUCAAAAAAAGAUUAUUUACAGUUUGUCCGCACCCUAAAAUACUAUGGUUACAUGCACUUCCGGCCAUGCAUAACAGAUUACCCUGAAAAGAAAACCAAUGUUUUGAUUGCUGUGGGAAAUGAAGAGUUAAAUUUCAGAAUCCAGACAGGCAAGGACCAAUACAAAGAAGGCUCUUUCAAAAUCACCCGAAUGAGAUGCUGGAGAAUCACGACAAUAUAUGCUGACAGAGAUAAUUGUAGUAAAAAGGACCUGAAGCCACAAUUGGAAAUAUCGUUUGAGUAUCAGCUAUCCAGAGAUAAGCUUCAAUGGAUUAACAUCAAAAGUGAUCAGGCAAUCCUAAUUAGCAUGUGUUUGGAAGGAAUGGUGGAUGAAUUAGUAAGAAAGAAAAAAGGGAAAAAAAUUAAAAAACCUCAAGACCGAAUGCAUUAUACAAGGGGAGAUUACUUGAACAGAGACACUACGUCACCAAUUAUUUCCAACCAAAAUAUGAGUCGAACCUUCAGUGAGCCAGCUGGAUUAUAUUUAUACUCUGAACUUUUGGAAAAUGACUACCAACAGAGCGCCAUCAACAAAGCUGUGGAUUCUGUGAAAAAGAUAUCUGACAAAUUUGCCAACGUUUCAUUCAAGGCAUCACGAGAUGGUCAAAACAUCCAAAGUGUUUUGGAAAAUAACGCAUUCGAAGAAAUAGGGGAUGACGAUCUCUGAUUCUUCACGAUUGCCUAGGCAUCAGCCGAGAUUCCAGUUUCCUAUCAUUCUAAUCUUCCUUGGUAACCCGCAAGGGUCAGCAAGUAUCAUUCCAGAGCCACCUGCUUGGGCCAGGUCAUCGAAUCGCUUAAGAAGACAUAUAGCUAUUUUUAUAAAACCUCAAAUAUAUUGAAAUGGAAAGACAAAAGAAAAAAAAAGGGACACAGAAAAGGACUUGAAUUAUUGGAACAUUGUAGGAUCGUUACAUCUUUUAAUGAUGUUCUGGGUGAUUAUGUGCAGUAGGACAGACCACAUAUGCUUUUACUAAUUUUGCUAUCCAUUUAAAACCUGACAUUUGUCAAUUCAUUUAGAAAACAUUCUCGGUUCCUUGCUUGUCGAAACAAGUUGGACUGAUCUUCUAGAGUCAGUCCAACAGGUCCAUUUUCAAAUAUAUAUAUACAUAUAUAUACAUAUAUUUCAAAAUCUUUGUGAUAUCUGAUAUACAUAUAUGUAGGUCUGAUACAUGUGUAUCUGAUCUAUAUGUAGAUCUGAGAUUAAAUUUUAAUACAUUUA